AUGUUUCGGUUCUCGCAUCUGUUGGCGUUGAUCGCAGUUCUCAAUUUCCUGGGUGUCAGGGCAGUUGCACACCCGGACGCAAAAUGCCAAUUACAAACAACCACAAAACCACGAAUCUUUCUUUUGAGUGAUAUUGACAAUGAGCCUGAUGAUGCACAGUCCUUGGUACGGCUUCUCCUCUAUUCCAACGAGUUCCAGAUCGAGGGCCUUGUUGCUACAACAAGCUUCUGGCUCAACGACACUACCCGGCCUGACCACAUGGAAGAUAUUGUCCUUGGGUACAAAGAAUCACUGCAUAAUCUAAAGAUUCAUGCCUCAGGUUGGCCUGAGCCUGAUUACCUCCUGUCGCUCAUCAAGUCAGGAUCAACUCGUUAUGGCAUGGACGGGGUAGGCGAAGGUCAAGACAGCGAAGGCUCAAACCUACUGAUUGACGCUGUCGAUUCAUCCGAGGAGCCACUCUGGGUUCCCUUAUGGGGCGGUGCAAACACUCUGGCCCAGGCACUAUGGAAGGUCAACUCCACGAGAUCCGACAUCGACAAGUUUGUGUCGAAAUUGCGUGUCUAUUCAAUUUCCGAUCAAGAUAAUGCUGGUCCGUGGAUCCGUCGUCAUUGGCCUAGUUUGUUCUACAUUGCUAGUGUCCAUGCGUUCAAUCGGUACGGCAAUGCAGCUUGGGGAGGUAUGUCCGGCGACGACUAUUACCAUUUCCCGAACAAUGCGAACAAAGAAGUGAUCUCCCCCGCGUGGAUCGAAAGGAACAUCCAGAUUGGUCCUUUGGGCGGCAAAUAUCCAAGCAGUGAAUUCAUCAUGGAGGGCGACAGUCCCUCUUUGCUGUAUCUGAUUCCCAACGGUCUUUCCGAUCCGGAACACCCGGAGUGGGGAUCCUGGGGAGGUCGAUACAGCCCCGUUGUCUGGGGCGAGGGCCAUUUUGCGGACAGCAUAGAUAUUCUUGUCGACGACGACGGAAAAACCAUGAUGGGCUCCCAAGUAACCAUCUGGCGAUGGAGAACUGCAUUCCAGAAUGAUUUCAAAGCUCGAAUGCAAUGGACCAUUCAAUCUGAGUUUAGCCGAGCAACUCACGCGCCCAUUGCAGUUGUCAAUGGAAGUUCUACCCGAGACGUUCUGGAAUACACUGUGUCUCCAGAACAGACCAUCAUUCUUGACGCAUCUGAGUCCUGCAGUACUGAUGGCAGUUCUCUCUCAUACAGUUGGUGGCAGUACCUGGAGCCCAGCUCAAACCUCAACACACCGAAACGAGAUGUGACUGUUCUUGAGUUGAGGGAGGUCCACGCUGCCCGAAUUUCUGUUGACAUUCCCUCGUCUCAGACGCUUCGCAGAGCCGGUAGAGGGGUGCACCCACAUGCGGAUAAACAUUUGCAUCUCAUUCUUGAGGUUUCAAAUGGUUUGCAGGUAUCUUAUCGACGGACCAUCUUGACCAUCAAGGGAGAGGGAGAAAGCACGCAAAAGACCGACUCAACGAUGCAUGAUGAAUUGUAA